CUGCAAAGUAGAAUAGAAGAGGUGUAGAUUGUCCAUAUUUCACCACUUUGCCUUUUAGAAGCACAUGCAUAGGUGUAAUUCAUUGCACAAAGUUGUGACAGUUCAGAGUUUUUAAUGGUCAGAAAUUCGUUGUUGAAUCAGUAGUGGAGCUUACACGGUUACUUUCGUUGCGAUGCAAAUUAGAAUAGACGAUUUAUCAGAAACUGGCUUCUGUUUUGCAACAUUGGACUAAUUAUAUUUCACCAACCGACGUUUUUGGACACAGGUCCUUUAUCAUUAAUAGAAAAAGAAGAAUAAAGUUUCGAAGUCAUCGACAUGCUGGUUUCACAGUUUCGUGAAGCAAAUUAUGAAAGCUUUCAGUCAGGAGGCAGAAGGGUAUCUGGACAAAGAUCGCCACCCAAAAUGAGCGUAUCAUCUUAUUCCACGUCUUCUUCCCCGUCCAGUGCUUCCCCAUCCGUUGACAUUGGGCAAGCCUUCAACAUGGAAAACUGCGAUAAUAUUAUGCUAAAUAUAGAAGAUGGAAACUCAUUCUCUGGUUUUGAGUCGUUGCAGAAUAACUUAGAUUCAGUCGAAGUACAGUCGCCGCCACCUCUUGCACAAGACGGUGCUUUCAAUGGCAUUGACCAUACUACAAACUGUGUUGUAAAAAACUCGCAACCCGUUUUUAAUCAAUACUCUAUGAUAGACCCAGUAGGGGGGUAUGAUCAUGCUUCGUACAGUUCGGGUUCCCCCGUUUCUUCAAACGAAGUCGACUUCUCAAGAAACAGCAGCACUGAUGUAUUUGUAAAUGACAAGCCAAGUACCUCAGCCCAACAGCAAUCCACUACUCCAAGAAAGAGCUUCGAACACGUCACUGACAAAGAGCUGAGAAAGAAACUGAAAAACAGAGAAUCAGCCCAGGCAGCCCGAGAUCGAAAGAAAGCAAAGAUGCUGAGCCUGGAAAGACAAAUUUCCGAGCUACUUGAACGCAACCGCAUCGUAGAGACCGAAAAUCAGGAGUUAAGGAGCAGAAUUCAAAGGAUGGAAUCGGAAUCUUUGUGGAGAAUGGGAAAGCAAGAAGCUGUCCCGGAAGCCUCUCCUUCUUAUUCUGGAUCGAUCGCUUACCACAGAAUGCAUGACCAGUCGGUUUAUCCAACUCAUUGUGAAUAUAACGGUUACCCACAACAUACACCUCAGCCUUGCCUACCACAGCACCACGCCUCAACCGCAUCCACCGAGAAGCAUAGCUUACCUUCCUAUUCAGCUUAUACAGAAGACGGAAGCUCAAAUACAGACUACACACAACCUUCCUACGUACAAAACUUAUGGCGAAAUGAUAGCGUUGUCCCCAGCAAUAACCAAGUAUAUUCGAACGGUCCAUUUACUUCUCAGCAGAUAUCGAAAAAUGAAAUAAUGGAAGAUGCUAUACUAGGAUGACAGGUGCAUUAAUGACAGUAUUCUUACACAUCAUACUUCAAAAGACACCCCGAGUCGUCCGAACACUACAAACAAUUGCCCCAUCCGUAAACAAUUUUUAAUUUGGAAUCAUCAUCAAGUGCAAAACAAACACAGACAAAACGGAGUUUCAAAAUCGUAUGUUCCAGUCAGACAUUGCAACGGAAUCGGACACUUAGCGGAACAUCUAAAUCAAUCCUCUUAAAUCGUACGAACAGCGACGGCACUUGAAUAGGGGUGAUUAGAAGGCUGUUUCACACAGAAAGUUUAAACCGGUCUCGUAAUAUUAUUUGUCGGUUCUUUCAAUCUAAUCUGUAUAUAAACAGGGCGUUCUGCAUGUAGAAGAAAUCGCCGCUAGGAAAAUUUUAAACUAAACCAACCAGCCGCUCGCGGUAACACUGUAUAUUUAUAUUUAUAAAGACGAUUGUUUAUGCACUGUCUCGUCCAGUAAAUAUAAGCAUUAUAUUUUCUGCUAUGACCAAAUAGAAAAUAGUUUGCGCUAAAAUUAAUAUAAACAUAAAAUUACACCCGUAGGUCUCAGAAACAAACUUUCUUGUUUUGUACAUUUCGUACAGCUGUGUAAUUUGAAGUGACUUUAACGUAAACAUUUUUUUCAAACUAUAUUUUAAAGCCCAACUUUGUGCCUUUGCAACGAUAUGCAAAUUGCGAUUUAUACAUUUUGUGUCGCUGCGACGAAAAUAUUUAUAGUUUCGAGCGAAAUGGCCGCACUUCAUUCUUCAUGUAAACGAAUGCUUGACCUUGAAAUACAGAUCGGAGUUUUGUAAGCUUUG